UUUCAUUAUUGGGAAUCAGUUGGUUCUCAGCAUUGCUCGUGUGAACAUCUAAAAUACCUGGGAUCGAGGAGGAGUAAUUUGUGAACAAUGAGAAAUGAAGAAAGUGAUACGAUCAGUGCUGAUAACAUUAAUUUAAAUUCAACAGCCACUUUGCAUAGGCAUGAGGAUACGGGUCCACAAGAUGAGUUGACGUGGAAAUUUUGGCAAAAAAGACGGUACAUCUUGGUUUUUAUGGCAUUCCUGGGAUUUAUCAAUGUAUACGCACUGAGAGUCAAUUUAAGUGUUGGGAUUGUAGCGAUGACCGAAGUGAAGAAUGUGACCCUAGAGAACGGAACAGUGGUUGAGCAGGCAGAGUUUGACUGGGAUUCCAAACAGCAGGGUCUCGUUCUCAGUUCCUUCUUCUACGGCUAUAUCUGGACUCCAGUAAUAGGAGGGAUAAUCGCUUCAAAAAUUGGCGGGCACUAUCUGUUUGCGAUGGGAAUCGGGGUCACGGCUCUUCUGACUCUUCUCACACCGCUGGCGGCUGGACUUGAUAUCUAUGUGCUCGUUGCUGUACGAAUUAUUGAGGGACUUUUUGAAGGAGUAACAUUCCCAUGCAUACAUGCUAUCUUCAGUCGCUGGGCUCCUAUUUAUGAACGUUCCCGAAUGGCAAGUUUCGCCUUUGCCGGUAGUUACGUUGGCACGGUGAUAGCCCUACCGCUGUCAGGAGUUUUGGCUGUUAGUUGGGGAUGGGAGAGUGUAUUCUACUUCUUCGGAGCUGUAGGCUGUGCUUGGUGUAUUGCUUGGUUGAUAAUAAUCAAAGCCAGUCCUGAGGCUGACCCGUUCAUCUCAGAAGAAGAGAAAUUGUACAUCAUCCGUAGUGUAGGUUCUAGUGAAAAGAAAAAGAUAAAGCAUCCUUGGAAGGCAAUAUUAACUUCAACUGCGGUUUGGGCUAUUGUUUCAUCACAUUUUGCCGAAAAUUGGGGAUUCUACACUCUUAUGACUCAGCUUCCAACAUUCCUGAAAGAUUCUCUUGGCUUUGAUCUUGGCGAAAGCGGUUUCCUUUCGGGAGUGCCAUAUCUUACUAUGAGUUGUUUGUUGGCUGUCGGUGGAUAUCUGGCUGAUUGGACUCAAGUUAAGGGAUACCUAACCACUAGACAGGUUCGACGGUACUUCAAUUGUACAGCCUUCCUAGGGCAAACAAUCUUCAUGAUGCUGGCUGCGUACCUUCUGCACCCAGCUUGGAGUGUCGUCUCCAUAAGCUUAGCCGUUGGUCUCGGAGCCUUUGCCAUUUGUGGAUAUAUGGUGAAUCCUCUGGACCUGGCACCUAAUCAUGCAUCUGUGAUAUUUGGUUUUUCAAACACAUUUGCUACCAUUCCAGGAAUAGUUAGUCCCCUACUUACAGGAUUUAUUGUAGUCAACAAAAGUGAAAGUGAAUGGCAGAUAGUUUUCUAUAUAACAGCAGCUAUCUAUCUGUUUGGAUGUACGAUAUAUUGGAUUUUUUGCAAAGGAGAACUCCAACCAUGGGCUCAAACAUUUUCGUUGAAUCAACCAAUUGAUUCAUCGAAAACUAGUGUGAAAAAUCCAGAAAAUACCGUGUGAUAUUGUAAAUCAAGUGCGACACUAAUUAGGUUGACUCAAUGACUUAGUGUGAUAAUGUUAAGCUGCAAUUGAGUACUCCAUAAAUUGAUAUGGUUAUCAAAUGUGAAGUACUGCAGAGAUAAAAUUAGACACAUUCCGAUAAAGUCAAUUAGAUUACUAA